ACUACAAAAACAUCUUCUCUCACAACAAAACCACAUAAGCUAAGUUUUGUGUAACGAAAUCAAAACAUGGGAAGCCUCAAGUCUCUCGCUCUCUUGGCUUUGCUAUUUACCUUCUCUUUCGCUGUUUUUGCCGACACAUCCAAUGAUGCUACACAUGCUAAGAAUGACGUGAAUCCAAGUGAAGCAACCGAUGCCAUAGAGCCACAACAACGUGGUCGUGGCGGUUGUAGGUACGGAUGUUGCGGAUCCUACGCUUUUGGGAGGUGCAGCGCUUGCUGCAGCCUUAGUCAGGCCCAGGCCCAGGCCGAGGCCGUGGAAGCUGCAGAGGCCAUUGAGACCGAGGCUGUUGAUGCCAACGCUGUGGAGCCUCAGCAACGCGGCCGUGGUGGUUGUAGGUACGGAUGUUGUGGUAGCUACGCUUUUGGACGGUGCAGUGCUUGUUGCAGCCUUAGUCAGGCCCAGGCCGAGGCCGAGGCCGAAGAGACCGUGGAAGCUGUUGAGCCCCAGAAAAGGUUGGGUGGUGGUUGUAGGUACGGAUGUUGCGGACCCUGGCGUUAUGGACGGUGCAUCUACUGUUGCAGAAGUCCUCAAGCCGAGGCUGAAGUUGUUGAGCCCCAGCGAGUCCGUAGUUGUAGGUACGGUUGCUGCGGAAGCUACGCUUUUGGACAGUGCAGUGCUUGUUGUUCCAAGAAGAUGGCUACAGAGGAAGAGAAGAAGAAGGAUGAAGCUAAACCAUAAAUUGGCGUGGAACACAAACUCUCUGUUUGUAUGCAUGGAAUGCAUGUGGUUCAUUGCUAUUUCGUACGUAUGUUAAAAUAAAAGAUAUAAUGGUGCCUAAUAAGGACUCAAUAAAUAAAAAAAGUGGUAGGUUCAAUUUACAAUAUGUUUUUGUUGUGUACUG